CAUCACUUGUAAUAACCACGCCGACUGUGACAAGAAAUUAGUGUUCCGAGUCACUCGAGCAUCUCCUAGCGGCGCCACACCUAUGGACGCCGCACAACCAGACAAUCUUGAAUACUAUAGCGUCAGAGAGUUUGAACUAGCCAGAAGCAGCCUCGGUAUUAGCGCAGCGGAUUGCCACACUGAGACUGACGCCCUCGAGCCCUUCCCGCGUAAUUUCCCCGCGCACAAGCGUAUUAUCGGGACUCGCUUUAUCGUGGAUGGGUUCCGCCAUGCGGGGCCGUGGUCGCGCUGCUAUUGGCUGACGCACUUCCACGCGGACCACUACUGCGGUCUUUCCCCCUCCUGGCGCGGGGGGAUCAUCUUCUGCUCCCCCGUUACCGCGCGCCUCCUCUCCGCGGUGCUCGGCGUCCCCUCCGCGUGGGUGCGCGCGCUCCCCUUGCGCGAGCCCGUGGCGGUGGAUGGUGCGCGCGUGGUGCUGCGGGAUGCGCACCACUGCCCCGGGGCUGUCAUGCUGCUCGAGGCGGUGCAAUACGUGGCAGAGACUGUUAGGAGAGUGCUGGGGGAAGGGGUUGCGAGGGGGAGAGCGAGUGAUGUGGGUGGAGGAGGAGGAGAGGAAGGGGGAGAGGGCCAGGGAGGGGGUUUAGAGGGGGGCGAGGAGGAAGGGGAGGAGGUGGGGGGUGGGGUGGAGGGAGAAGAAGUGACGGAGGGGGGGGAUGGCGUGGAGGGGGAAGGUGACGAGGAGAGAAGCAGAGGGCAUUGCGAGGGAGACGGGGAUGGCAGGAGAGGAGGAGAGGGUGAGAGGGAGGGAGUGGGAGACAGGCAGGGAGGGUGUACAGAGUUGAGAGCAGAGGUGAGAGCAGCAGGUGGAGAGGGAGGUACUGGUACGGCAGGGGAUGGAGGUAUGGAUGCAGGUAUGGCGGAUCGUGAAGAUAUGGAUGCGGCUGCGCAUGGGAAAAACGGCAACGAAGCAGCAGAGGGACAGCGGAAGCCACAAGACCUCGUGCUGAUACUGAUAUCCACCUACGUUAUCGGCAAGGAAAAGCUCCUCCUAGCCAUAGCAGCCGCCUGCAACUGCCGCAUAGUGGUCGACCAAUCCAAGCUCGAAACCCUCCGCUCCCUAGAUUUAACCCCAGCCGAGCUAGCCCAUUUCACCACAGACCCUACAGCCAGCCCGGUGCAUGUGGUGCGGUGGGGGAGGCUAGGGGACGUGUGGCCGUUCUUCCGGCCUAACUGGCGCAACUUGGUGCGGGCGGGGAGGGAGCGCGGGUGCGGGCGAGUGGUGGGGUUUGUGCCGACUGGGUGGAUGUAUGAGAUGAAGCGAGAGGGGUACCCCAUUCGCUGCAAGAGGGUGCAGAUAGGGGGAGAGGAGGAGGCGGGGGGGGGUGUGGGAGACGGGGGCACGGGCAUGGGAGAGGGAGGGGUGAGAGAGGUGCAGCAGGGGGGUGUGAGCAUGAGCAGCAGGGGCGUGGAAGCGGGCACGGGCAUGGGGGAAGAAGGGUACAGGGGCAUGGGGAGGAACACGGGCGGGAGGAGCAUGGAGCUGGAGAUUCACCUGGUGCCGUACAGCGAGCACUGUAGCUUCCCGGAGCUGCGCUCCUUCGUUGCGUUCCUGCGCCCCCACCGCAUCAUCCCCACCGUCAACACUGGCUCUCCUACUGGCCCCACCUCCUCCUCUUCCUCUGCCGGUGCCACUGCUGCCGCCUCUGCCUCUGCUUCUGCGGCUGCUCCUGCUGCUGGUGCUGCUGUUCCGUCGCCCUCUGUGCGAAUGCAGCUGCAUCAUUUGAGGGGGCUGGUUGACGAGUCCGCGUGCAAACAGAGGUUCCUUGCAGGGUUUGGGAGGAGGAGGAGAGAGAGGGGAGGAGGCGAGGAGGCGGGGGGAGAGAGUGGAAAGGAGGUGGAAGGGGGGGUUGGGGGUGAUGAGGAACGGAAGGUGGGUUGUGGGGGGGGAUUGGGGGAGGAGCUGGUGGAAAGGGAUGGAAGCAGGAAAGACGGGGGUGGGGGAGUGGAGGAGGAGAGUCGAGAGGAGGGAGGUGGAGAGGAGGGCUUGGAUGGGUGUAUGGUUGAGUCAGCUUGGGAGGAGCAGGGAGACGAGGAGGGGGGAGGGGUGCAAGGGGAAUGGAUUGCAGUGGAGCGAGUGGUUGGUGGCGAUGGAUGCAGUGAAAGGGAGGAGGUAAUUGUAGCAGGGACGGAGGGGAAAGCAUGUGUGGAGGAUGGGGGGUGUGGAGAGGGAUCGGAUAGGGAGGAUGCUGGCUGUGACAUGGAGAUAGAGCAAAGCGACGUGGCAGCUGAUGUGACUCCGCAAUCUGACGUGGCAGCUGAUGUAGCAUCACGAGCAGCAAAGAGGCGCCGACUAGAACCUGCUACUACAGGCAGCAGUGCCACUUUGACUCUUGGCGCUAUUACUAACCGCGGCAGCAGCAUUAUCCCGCGCUUGCAGGCUCAAAGUGGGACCAUGAAAGCCGGAAAUCAGGCCAAGAAAGGCAAGCGUCCAGGGGGUAAAGGAGGCGGAGGCGGAGGAGGAGGAGGAGGAGGAGGAGGAGGAGGAGGAGGAGGAGGAGGAGGAGGAGGAGGAGGAGGAGGAGGAGGAGGAGGAGGAGGAGGAGGAGGAGGAGGAGGAGGAGGAGGAGGAGGAGGAGGAGGAGGAGGAGGAGGAGGAGGAGGAGGAGGAGGAGGAGGAGGAGGAGGAGGAAGAGGGGCGCGCUCUAGUCCCCGACCAGGGGCAGGAAGGAAGCAGGUGCAGGUGAGAGGAGGGGGCAAAGAAGUGAGAGGAGGGAGCAAAGAGGCGAGGCUCGGCGGCAAGCAGCGCAGCAUAACGCACUUCUUUGGCUCGUCGUCUAAGAAUCCUGCUUCCGGAUCGUUAUCAAGCCCAGCUGACGCAGUGGAGCCAGUACAUGCAGCAGAGGAGUGCAGUGCGGUGCAGAGGGUGGUGGCCACGGCCGCUGCUACUCCUCCAGGCAUGUCCAUUUCUCCACUCACCACAUCCACCAUACGUAGCAGAGAAGUCGUUGUAUUCCCCUCUUCCUCCGCUCCCCCCUCUUCUCCUGCUACUGCCGAUGCCGAUGCCUCCCGGUUGCAGUGUGCAGAGGAGUGCAGUGCGGUGCAGAGGAUGGUGGCUGUGGGGCUGCCUGGGCUGACUCCUGCUGUGGCGCUGUUGUUCCUGCAGCAGCAUGGGGGGGAUGUGGGACGAGCCGUGGAUGCCUUCUUGAUGCGAACAGAGAGCGCUGGGGGAGGGACAGGGGAGAGAGAGGUGCUGGGAGGAGAGGAGAAUGGGAGGAGUUUAGAGGAGGAGGAGGGGAGGGGCUUAGCAGUGGAGACACAGCAGGGGAGGGAUGGGGACGCAGCACCUGUGGGAGUGGACGAAGGGCAAACUGGCCAGGGGGAGGGGGAAGGGCAGGGGGAAAGGAAGGGGGGAGGGAAGGAGGAAGGGAAGGAGGAAGGAGAGAGGGAGGGCGAGUUGGGGAGAAGAGUUGGCGAGGCGGUCAAAGACGAGGAUGGGAAUGAAGGCAUGGUAGGUAGAGAGCCAAUUGGCGAGAGACAGGGCAACGGAUUGAGUGCUGACAGUGGUGCUUGUGGGGAUGUUGGCUCACGGGACGCAAGGAGGGUCGACCUGGCAGUGGUGGCAGUGGGAGAAGAGCGGGCCGCUGCUGUGCUGCAUGGUGCCAAGGCCACUGCGGUGGAGAGUACAGUAGCACAUGGUGGUAAAGGCGCAGCGGCAGCAUCAUCUCUCAGCAUCAGGGGUGCAGCAGCUGCAGCAGCAGCAACAACAGCAGCAGCAGCAGCUUCCAGUGGCAAGGGAUUAGCACCUCAUGUGGCACUUAGCGUGGCAGCGUUUGAUCCCAUGGCACAUGCGGGGUGGGCAGAGGGGGAAGCAGCGCCGUACAUGCACCUAGCAGUGGCGUUUGAAGCAGUGGAGCGGGAGAGCGGGCGGAUCAAGACAGCCGACAUACUCACCAAUGCCUUCCGCAGCCUCUUGGCGCUCUCACCCAAUGAUCUCCUACCGGCUGUCUACCUCUGCACCAAUCGCAUUGCACCCGACUUCGUCAAUGCUGAUCUCAACGUGGGAGGGGGCACCGUGGCUGGUGCUGUGUGCGAGGCAACAGGUGUGAAGAGGCAGCAGCUGCGACUCAUGUACACGCGCAUGGGUGAUCUCGGCGACGUGGCGCACGCCUGCCGUUCUUCCCAGCGCCUGCUGCGCGCCCCGCAGCCCCUCACCAUCCACCACCUUUUCCACACGCUGCGUUCCCUCAGCUCGGAGGCAGGCCAGGGCAGUGCGGCACGCAGAAAGGCGCUGAUCGUGGGGCUGCUGCGAGCAUGCCGAGGAAUAGAGAUCAAAUACGUUGUCAGGACGCUGGUGCGCAACAUGCGCAUAGGGGCCAUGAUGCGGACAGUGCUGCCUGCGCUGGCAGCAGCCACCGUCAUGCACCAUGCAUCGCCACGCUCGGCCGUCUCGCCCUUCCGGCUCAAGCUCCUCCGACCGACCAUCCAGGAAGCUUCCUCUGCUCUUUCCGAGGCCUUCAACUUUCUGCCAAACCUUGAGCUGCUUCUGCCGUUGAUUCUCAGCAAAGAAGCACCGCCUCAGCAUGGUUUCCCCUUCAAAACCUGCGCUCUUUCUUCCUCACACCCCACCGACCCCACUCCCACGCCUGCCACCACCGCUGCUACCACUGGAGCUGCCAUCACUGUUUCCACUCCUGCUGCAGCUCCUGCUGCCACUGAUGGUACAGUCGGCAGCUCGUGUGAGCUUGGCACUGGCCCAACCUUGAGUCGGGCUUCAGACGGUACUGCCACUGGGACCACUGGAGAUGUUCUUGGGACCUCUGCCAGGGAUGCUGGGACGGCCAGUGCUGCUCCUGGGACCCUGUCAUCACCUGCGCUGGGUGCGGGGCUGGCCUUUCUCCUGCAAGCAGUGGCGUCUGGUGACCUUUUGUCGCCGGGAACUCCGUUCAAGCCCAUGCUGGCCAAGGUCUCCACAGGUCCUGCCCAUGUGCUCUCACGGUUUCACGGCCAUGCCUUCGCGUGUGAGUUCAAGUACGAUGGCCAGCGCGCGCAGAUACACGUCUUCUCACCACCGGCACCACCAUCGUUGCCGGCCCCCUCAUUAGCAGCAGCAGCAGCAGCAGCAGCACCGCCGUCGGUGCGGCUCUUCUCACGCAGCAGCCAGGAGUGCACCGCCAUGUUUCCCGACGCCAUAGCCGCCGUGCAGUCAGCCCUGCAUGCCUCCGUCCGCUUCUCCAUCCUCGAUGCCGAGAUCGUGCCAGUGUCGCACGAAAUCACGCCCCAGGGCUUCCACAAGCUGCUUCCUUUCCAAGUGCUUUCACGCCGGGAGAGGGGCAGCAGGGAUAGGGCGGAGAACAGGGAGGGUUCAGGGUGGGUAAACGAGGAAAAGCGGAGGGUUAGUGCAAAGGGAGCAGCGAAGGCAGGUGGCAGAAAGCAGGACGAGAGGGAGGAAAGGGGUGUGGCUGAUAGCAGCGAUUUAGCGGGAAUGGAUCGGGGAGAGGGAGAGAAGAAGAUGGAGGAAGGGAAGGAGGUGAGAGGAAGGGAUAUAGGGGAUGGAGGUGUGGGAACAGCGGAGCAGGAGGGAUGUGCGGAAGCGAUGGCUGGAGACAGAGGGGUGCAGGGAGCAGGGGAGGCUGAGGCAAGCACAAGGGAAGCAGUGGUGGUGGGCAACGGUAGCAGCGGAAGCAUAACAGGUCCUCAAGUCUGCGUCUGCGUGUUUGACAUUCUCUUUCUCAACGGCCAAUCGCUCAUCAAGCGGAGCCUGAGGGAGCGCCAUGAGGCCCUUGUGGCAGCAUUGCCCGGUGCGGCCGGCAGCGAAGUCCCUGGUGGGCUUAUGGUUGUGCAGCAGACGGAGAUUGCAGCAGCAACGCCCAAGGGCCAGAUAGACAAGCGGCGGCCACUGCAGCAGAGGGAGGAAGCGAGAGGAGGAGCAGCAGAGAGGGGCAGCGAGGAGGGGGAUGGUGAGAAGAGUGGCGGGGUGGAACCAUGCACGGCAGGCAGGGAAGCAGGUGUGGCAGAUUGGUGCACAUUGGGGGAGGAAGAGAUCAGGGGUGAAGACGAAAAGGGAGGGGCGAAGAGGGACGAGGGUGAAGAAGAGGGAGUGGAGGCAAAACAAGAGGGAGAGGAGGCGAAGGCAGGGACGUUAGAAGUGGGGAGGAGUGUAAAAGCGGUGGUGGAAGAGAGUCCGGGCGCGGCAAUAGAGGGGAGUCUAGAUGCGGGAAUAGAGGGGGGCUUGAGAACAGCAGGAGAAUCCGGUCCACUGGGGGCGGCGGUGACAGAAGAGGGUUCGGACGCGGCCAUAGAGGCGAGCCUGGGCACGGCGAUAGAGCGCGGGUGUGAGGGGCUGAUGGUGAAGCUGCUGGACGGGCCUCCUUCCUUCUACUGCCCCAACAAACGCUCUGACUCGUGGCUCAAGGUGAAGAGGGACUACGUGGCAGGGCUGGGCGACUCCCUGGAUCUGGUGCCCAUCGGCGCUUGGCACGGCAAUGGACGCAAGGCCGGAUGGUUCAGCCCGUUCCUGCUGGCGUGCUACAAUGCGGACUCAGAGCGCUAUGAGAGCGUGUGCCGAGUCAUGUCAGGCUUCUCAGACGCCUUCUACGCCCAGGCCACGUCGCGCUAUCGGGACAGCGAGGAGCUGGUGCUGCCUCGCAAGCCGCCAUACUUUGCCACUCUGGAGGAGCCCGAUGUCUGGUUCCUGCCACACGAAGUGUGGGAGAUCCGCUUCGCUGACCUAACGCUUUCACCAGUGCAUCAAGCGGCCUUGGGAUUGGUGCACGCUACACGGGGAAUAUCCCUGCGCUUCCCAAGGUUUGCUUCUGUCCGAUUGGACCGAAUUCCUGAGGACGCCUCGUCUGCAGCAGAGGUUGCAGAGUUGUACCUCGCACAAGCUAAAUCCUAGCACUACGUAUCAGUUCACUGCCUCAAUGUACUUUUGUACAGGCUGUUCAUAUGUAGAAAUUCUGAUAUACUGAAGGGGUUGCUUGUUCAGACCACACGGGUACAUGUUUGCUUCGAAUCCAAGCCAGUGUCUCUGACUGUCACUGAUCAUGUGAAAUAAUGAAUUGUAUGUCCA